CGAGGACGGUGGAGGCCGGGAAGACCCAGGACAUCCUGAAGGCCUUCGACACUUUCAGCACGCGCGAGAGGUUGGGCAUGCAGCUCGGGGAGGAGAGAAGGGCAAUCUAAUCAUGAUGGCCGUGAAGAGGGGGCUGCCAGAGAAGGGUCCCAUGACCGUGCUCGAGACGGGCUGCCACGCUGGCGACGGGAGCCUCUGGGCGGCGACGAUUGCCGGCACGCGCGAGGGGAGCACGUUGAUUAGCACCGAGGCGAACGAGCUGUGGCUGGACGCCGCGAAGAAGGUCGUCGCACACGGGACCAGCGGCAUGAAGGGCUUCAACGGAUUUCUGCCCAUGCAGUUGGCAGAGAAUGCUGACUUCGGACAGUUUCUCGACACGCUGCGCAACGAGCACGGCAUCAAGACCUUGGACGCUGUCAUCUUGGACCAGGACCAGUCGCAGUUUGCGAGCCAGGUGAAAUUGAUGCUGGAGAAGGACAUGCUGCGGAAAGGCUCGACGAUAUACGUCGACAACGUCGCAACGAAGAAGGCCAAGCUGAAGGAGUACCUGACGUUGGUGAAAGGCCGCGAUUCCAAGAAGUUCUGGUCCGAGCCGCACGAGGUCUCGAGACCCUACGAAGACGCCGUUCUUAUAUCCACCUACCUCGCAGACUCCGUCGAGCUGUGAGCGCGCGCUUGCCGCGUCCCCGAGCCGUCACCAGACCUCCAGCGACUUGAGCUGUUGCGAGUCGCCAGCCCCUCUCGACCCCAGCCCAGGGACCUGUCCUGCAGGUCACCUGCAGGGGCGCGAAGAGAUGAU